AUGUCUCAUUCGGGUGCUCAAGGCAGCAUUGGCAGCCACCCCGCCAUGGGGCUGCGUAAUCAUAAGAUUUUCCUCUAUGAAUUUGAGAACUUCCAAGGCCGGAAAAUGGACCUGUUCGGAGAGUGUCGUAACCUAUGCGAGAAGGGUUUCGAGAGAAUCGGCUCCAUCCGGGUCGAGAAUGGGCCCUGGGUGGGCUUUGAGCAGCAGAACAUGACAGGUGAGAAGUUCAUGUGUUCAGUGCUGGAGAAGGGAGAAUACCCCAGAUGGGACACCUGGUCCAACAGCUGCAGAUGUGACCUUCUCAUGUCAGUCAGGCCAGUCACAAUGAGCGCCACCAAGUGGGUGGCCUACCAGUACCCUGGCUACCGUGGUUACCAGUAUGUCCUGGAGAUAGGCCCGUUCAAGCACUGGAAUGAGUGGGGAGCGCACCGUCCCCAGAUCCAGCCCAUCCGUAGAGUGAGAGACAUGCAGACGCACCGCAGAGGCUGCUUCGAGUUUACCGCCUAA